AUGUUGGAAUAUCUGACAUACAAGAAGAUCAAGAAGAACAAGGCUGAGAAAGAGGCGGCUGCGGAGAAAAGCGCAAAAAAUACGGAUGCUGGAUCUUCUUCAGUUGAUCAAACGCACGGGCGCGUACCAGACUUUAACAAUCACAGGCGGCGUAGCACCGAGCACAGCCCCAGCUCCAACACUCCUCCACUGAGCCCAGUUCUCGACCGCGAUGAUGAAGCCUGGCUUCAGAGUAUUCUGGACGACGACAGUCCAGCUCCGCCGCUGCCUCCCAGAGUCAACACCCCUCAGAUCGAGCUCUCCUCUGCAUCCGAGAGCGAGAUAGAGGCCAUCAAGUCUCUGCAGGAGUCCAAGAGCAAAAAGGACAAGAAGAAGGAAAAAAAAGAUAAAGAGAAGCAGGAAAAACAACCGAAUCGUCUUACAGCCUUGUUUACAAGACACAAGAAACCACAGGAUGGUCUCAAGCCUGAAGACAAUGUUGCUCCUGUAGAAGCUGAGCGCGAGGAGGAGGAUCUCGGCAACGUUCUCGACCGCUUGAACCUCCAGGCUAAGAACAACAAGAUUGUCUCACUCUCCAACGAGUCCUCUGAGCUUUUGUCUCGUUUUACGCAAGUCUUCAAGGAUCUUGCCAAUGGCGUUCCAACAGCCUAUGGUGACCUUUCUAGCCUCGUCGAGGACCGCGAUGGUGCCAUUAACCGCGGGUUCGAAAAGCUACCGUCAUCUUUGAAGAAGCUCGUUACCCAGCUCCCAGACAAGCUCACAUCGUCCUUGGCGCCUGAGCUAUUGGCAGCGGCAGCCGAAAGCCAAGGUCUUAAGGCCAACACCGACAAAGGCAUCAAAGAUGCUGCCAUCGAUCUCCUUAAGCCAUCGAACUUGACAGAUCUGGUGACAAAGCCGGGAGCUGUAGUUAGCAUGCUCAAGGCUAUUGUUAACGCGCUGAAGGUGCGCUGGCCCGCUUUUAUUGGCACAAAUGUCAUAUGGAGUGUUUCUCUAUUCUUGUUAAUGUUUGUGCUGUGGUAUUGCCACAAGCGAGGCCGCGAAGUGCGCCUUGAGCGUGAGCAGUCUGCCAACGAGACACCUAUCGACGGCAGUGAUCGAAUUGAGGAGCUUCCAGACGACCCUCUUCUUCCUGGACCAGAGGCUGCUACUGCAAGUCGCAGGGCUGAUAGGGCGGCACUGGGCGAGCCUGUAUCCCCCAUGUCUGAACGAUCACCAGUGUUGGUUAUAAACGAACCAGUCUCGCCAGAAGAGCCAGUUCGUCGCUAA